AUGAGGAGCUUUAGUCUUAGUCGAAAUGUGGCAUACAAUGUUCUUUCUCCGUCUGUUGGUGGUACUACAGUGCUGUGCGCCAAUAAGGGCAGAUCCUAUGCAGCUGAGGCUUAACAAGUGCACUACGACACAGCUAAAUGAUUUGGAGAACGUGGAGGCGCUGACCUCGUUGACCCUAAGCAAUUGCAGUCUGUCACAGUUGAAGAACGCAUUCUUCAUGCGCUACAGUCAGCUGUUAACUUUGGAGUUGCAGCACUUGUCUCUAACAGAAUUGGAGGAUUAUGCGCUGCACGGUCUGACACGACUUCAAUCCCUGUCCCUGGCCCACAACAAUAUUCAUGAACUCAAGUCCUGGUCAGAAGAGCCACUGGUAGCGCUGACUUCACUGGAUAUUAGUUAUAAUCUAUUGAAACAGCUGCCCGCCAAGAGCUUCAAGCGGUAUCCACAGUUACAAAAGCUGAAUUUGAGUCACAAUCUUAUCGAACGAUUGGAGCUGGACUCCUUCUAUGGUUUGUUCCAUUUGAAGCAUUUGGAGCUGAAUGGGAAUCACCUUCAGCUGAUUGAAAGUAUAUAUUUUCAGGACCUACACCGCCUCUAUAGUCUGACAUUGCAGCACAAUCAGAUUAAUCAUAUCGAAUCUGCCUCUUUCGAGAGCAACACAUAUCUCCGUACUCUGCUACUCGAAAAUAAUCAAAUAAGUAGCAUUCAAUUUCUUCAAGAGCGUGGCCUGGCACGAUUGGUACACUUGAAUCUAUCUAGAAAUUUAAUAUCUAAAUUGGAUUCUUCGGGAUUUGCUAAAAAUUCUGAACUGCAGCAUUUGGAUUUGAGCUAUAAUGCUCUAAAGCAACUGCAUAAUGAUAGUUUUAGCGGCUUGGACUCGUUAGAGUGUCUCAAUGUCAGUCAUAACAGCAUAGUCCACAUUAAUGGAGACUGCCUAAAACCGCUCAGCACUCUUCAGCAGGUGGACAUGAGCUUUAAUGGUCUAAGUACCCUGCCAGAUGAAUUAUUUCAUUCAGGAAGUCAGCUCAAGGUUAUUGACAUCGCACAUAAUCAACUAGUAAAGUUAGAGCCCACUUUUUUAAGUCACUUGAUCAAUUUGAAUCAGCUUAAGUUAGCUGGGAAUCAACUGGAGGAAGCCUCCUGGCUACAGCAUGUGUCACCAGCCUUAAACCGCAUGGCUCUUCGGGUUGACCUCAGUUCGAACUACAUAAAGUCGCUCAACUUGAGCAGUUUGGUAUCCUUUGAGCAUGUGAAUUUGGCCGAUAAUCAUUGGGAUUGUACCUGGCUGAUAAGGAAUAUGCUGAGAACGCCUCCAGCCACGUUGGGUUUUAAUCGUUCUUGGCCCAUGUUGAGCGCCUGGACCGAUGAUUUGUUGAAUGUCCGUGGUGUCGAUUGUUUUGAUGGACAACGAGAUCAAUCCAUUGUUUUACUGGAUGUCGGCGUGGACCGACAACAGCAGGUGCACAGCUGCAACUGUGAGGCAAGUGGUGAUGAUGUAAUACCGUUGACACCGUCUUUAACUUGGCCCAAAAUACGCACAGAUCGCUUUGAUUCGCGAUCAGUGAUUAUCUGGAUGUUGGUCGCCAUUGCUUUAGCUUUUGCUGGAUUACGUUGGGGUCAACGAUUUAUGGAUCGCAAGGAACACAGCGGAAAUCACAAGAAUACUAGGGGUGUGAAUACUAUUAAAGUUGAUGUGGAAUCACAACGCUUGAAAAACGAUCGUGAACGAUAGUAAUAAAGAAAAUAAAUGCAAUA